UAAAAGAAAUCAAAAACAUCAUCGUGCAAGAACAAACCCACGUCCUUUAUUCCUUUCCCCUCCUUUUAUUGAUGCUUCCUUAGUAGAUGGAAGUUUUAAAAAAAUUGUUGUUUUACCAAAAUAUGUAGAUGAAGAUGAGUGGCUUGCUGUAAAUGAUUAUGUAAUGACCUGGGUCCAAAAUCUAGUUAAUGACGAAAAUGUUUUUCCUACGAAAGCAGGCCGGGAAUUCCCAAAAGAAUUUUCACAAAUAGUUAGAUCAAUAUUCAAGCAAUGUUUCAGGGUCUUUGCACAUAUUUAUUAUCAACAUUACGAACAAAUUUUGCAUCUUCGUGAAGAAAAGCAAUUUAAUUCAUUAUUCGCCCAUUUUAUUUCAUUUGCUAAGGAAUUUAAUUUAUUGCCCGAUAAGAAAGAAAUAGCUCCUUUGGAGGAAUUAAUUACUUAUAUGGAAAAUAAUGGUAGAAUUAGCUAA